CAUGUUCGGCUUUGCUAAAAAAGGUGGAGGUGAUAAAAAAAAUUAGCCAGCUCCUGUUCCAGAUGCUAAAUUAAAAUAUGAAAAGACUCUUCAUGAUCUUAGAUCUAGAAGAGAUUAAAUCUAAGACAAUAUUGAUAGAAUUGACUCAAAAGUGACUGCUUUGGAUCAAGAAAUUAGAUCAUUACUUAGUUAAGGAAAAAAACAAUAGGCUAGAAAUAAAGUUACAGGUAUAGAAUUCACAUUAGUAUUGUAGAAAUGAAAUCUUUACAAAAAUAAAUUGAGUAAAUGCAAACCAAAUAUAAUGUUCUCACUCAAAUGACAAUUUAAAUAGAAACCUUAGAAUAAGAUUAAGGCAUAGCCGAUGUAGUUUUUAAUGCAGCUGAAUUAGGAAAAAUGUAAUAAGAAACUAAUGAUAAAUUAUAAGAUGCUAUGAUGGAUUGGAAGUAUUGAUUAACUUAAUUAUAUAGUGAAUUCGAAACUUCACAAUAAGAAACAUCUGAAUUAUGGAAAUAAAUGUCCAAUAUGGGAGUUGAUAAUGAAUAAAUUGAUGCAGAAUUUGAAAAAUACAUGCAAGAAAAUGAUUAAUAAUAAGCAAUAAAUUUAUAGAAAUAACUCAACACUGUCCCUGCAAAUUAAAUUCCUGCAUAAUAAUAAAGUUAUUAACAAUAAAAUAAAAAUAAUAUGGAAAAAGAGUUAGCAGCAUUAUUGGAAUGAUU